ACAGAUGAGAAAAGGGGAUCAAGGAGCGGCGGACUUGCCCAGUGUUGGAGAGGCUCCCGCCAAGCCUGAGGAGGCAGAGGCUGAGCCCUUCACAGACUCCUCUCUGUUUGCACACUGGGGCCAGGAGCUCAGCCCUGAAGGCCGGCGCGUAGCCCUGAAGCAGUUCCAGUACUACGGCUACAACGCCUACCUGAGUGACCGCCUGCCCCUCGACCGGCCCCUGCCUGACCUCAGACCUAGUGGGUGCCGCAACCUCUCCUUCCCGGAGAGCCUGCCAGAGGUGAGCAUCGUGUUCAUCUUCGUCAACGAAGCGCUGUCCGUGCUGCUGCGUUCCAUCCACUCAGCCAUUGAACGCACGCCUCCACACCUGCUCAAGGAGAUCAUCCUGGUGGAUGACAACAGCAGUAACGAGGAGCUGAAGGAGAAGCUGACAGAGUAUGUGGACAAGGUGAAUGGCCAGAAGCCGGGCUUCAUCAAAGUCGUGCGCCACAGCAAGCAGGAAGGCCUCAUCCGCUCCCGAGUCAGCGGCUGGAGGGUGGCCACCGCCCCCGUAGUGGCCCUCUUCGAUGCCCAUGUGGAGUUCAAUGUGGGCUGGGCUGAACCUGUGCUCACCCGCAUAAAGGAGAACCGGAAACGGAUCAUCUCACCAUCCUUUGACAACAUCAAAUAUGACAACUUUGAGAUAGAAGAGUACCCACUGGCCGCCCAGGGCUUUGACUGGGAGCUGUGGUGCCGCUACCUAAACCCCCCCAAGGCCUGGUGGAAGCUGGAGAACUCCACCGCCCCAAUCAGGAGCCCUGCCCUCAUUGGCUGCUUUAUUGUGGACCGGCAGUACUUCCAGGAGAUCGGCCUACUGGACGAAGGCAUGGAGGUCUACGGAGGCGAGAAUGUCGAGCUGGGGAUCAGGGUGUGGCAGUGUGGCGGCAGCGUGGAGGUCCUGCCUUGCUCUCGGAUUGCCCACAUUGAGCGAGCCCACAAGCCCUACACCGAGGACCUCACGGCCCAUGUCCGCAGGAAUGCCCUCAGGGUGGCUGAAGUCUGGAUGGACGAAUUUAAAAGCCAUGUCUACAUGGCAUGGAACAUACCCCAAGAGGACUCGGGGAUUGACAUCGGGGACAUCACUGCAAGGAAGGCUCUGAGGAAACAGCUGAAGUGCAAGACCUUCCGGUGGUACCUGGUCAGCGUGUACCCAGAGAUGAGGAUGUACUCGGACAUCGUUGCCUAUGGGGUGGUAAGGAGCAGCCCCCUGGGGCUUCAUGCAGACACAGAAAGCAAGGCCAGACAGAGACCUAGAGUCAGGGGGAAGGACAGAAGGAGCCUUCAGCCUCCCAUCCCGCAGAACGUGUACUACACGAGCAGUCAGCAGAUCCACGUGGGCGUCCUGAGCCCCACGAUCGACGACGACGACAACCGGUGCCUGGUGGACGUCAACAGUCGGCCACGGCUCAUCGAGUGCAGUUAUGCCAAAGCCAAGAGAAUGAAGCUCCACUGGCAGUUCUCUCAGUUGGGGCCUGUUGGUAGCAGCACCUGGAAGAAGGUCAGGGUCAGGGCUGAGGUUUGAGAAUACGGGGCACAGCUUCCUCGCGCCUCCCUCUCUCUUGCUGAAGUCCCUGUUCUCACCCCAGACUCUGCCUCUGUCACGCCCCCUGUCAGCUGUGUAGCCCUGAGGGACACGGGGCGGGGCUACAUUUCCCCUCUGGCCUCCUUUACGUGGAGAGGCCGAGAGAGGGCCAGAGGUGGGUCAGGGAGGAAGGCCAGAUGCAUGCUCCGUGCUCUCCAAAGCAGCUCAGGCUAGAUGCAACAUUGGCCUGCAGCCUGGAGGCAACAGAGAGGAAGGGACACAUGGGCCGCAUGGAGGUGAGUGGGGCUGACUUUGCUGGGGUGAAACGGAGAUCGUCCCCUCCAGAGGCUCUGUGCAGGGGCUCCCAUCAGGCUGCUCUCUGCUGCCUUCAGCCAGGCCUGCGGGGCCCAUGAGCUCAGCUUCCCCACUGAGAACUGGGAAGGAAGCCGCACAGGAAGGUGGUGGGUGCGGAGCCAGAGCAGGGCAGCUGGCUUUUCAGAAGAGACAGUACUUCAGGGGCGC